CGAUCCACUGACGAUCUGAUUCAUGGAUGCCUAACACGCAUCGGAAUGGAGUAAAGCGAAAAAAUAUAGGAAAAAUGCCAGGGACCAGUACUUAGUUGUUAAUAUUCUUGGGCGUGGAACAGAGGCACCAUUAACUAAGGUGACGACGCCCUUCCUCAAGCAAUACCAUGUCAGUGUCCAUUACAAAAAAGUUUUACAAGUUGGAUAUAAACCGAACGGAAUGGGAGAUCCCGGAUACAUAUCAGGAUCUGCAGCCCGUGGGAUCGGGAGCUUACGGACAGGUGUCGAAGGCACUUGUUCGUGGCACCAAUAUGCAUGUGGCCAUUAAAAAGCUUGCCAGGCCUUUUCAAUCCGCCGUCCAUGCAAAGAGGACGUACCGGGAGCUUCGACUUUUGAAGCAUAUGGAUCAUGAGAACGUAAUCGGCCUGCUGGACAUUUUCCAUCCACAUCCCGCUAAUGCAUCGCUAGAGAACUUCCAACAGGUGUACUUGGUUACCCACUUGAUGGACGCAGAUCUGAAUAACAUCAUACGGAUGCAGAACUUGUCCGACGACCACGUCCAGUAUUUAGUCUACCAGAUACUCCGUGGCUUAAAGUAUAUCCACAGCGCCGGAGUGAUCCACCGUGAUCUUAAGCCCUCAAACAUUGCCGUCAACGAGGAUUGCGAGCUGCGCAUUCUAGACUUCGGGCUGGCCCGUCCAACGGAGAACGAGAUGACAGGCUAUGUGGCCACGCGUUGGUACCGCGCACCUGAAAUAAUGCUCAAUUGGAUGCACUACGACCAAACGGUGGACAUCUGGUCGGUGGGCUGCAUCAUGGCCGAACUAAUUACCAGACGCACCCUCUUCCCAGGCACCGAUCAUAUUCACCAGCUAAACCUGAUUAUGGAGAUGUUGGGCACGCCACCCGCCGAAUUUUUGAAGAAGAUCUCAUCGGAAAGUGCACGUUCCUACAUCCAGUCACUUCCGCCUAUGAAGGGACGAAGUUUUAAAAAUGUUUUUAAGAACGCCAAUCCGCUGGCCAUCGAUUUGCUGGAAAAGAUGUUGGAGUUGGAUGCCGAGAAGCGGAUCACAGCCGAGGAGGCUCUUUCCCAUCCCUAUCUGGAGAAGUAUGCGGAGCCCAGCGUCGAGCAGACCUCACCACCAUACGAUCACAGCUUCGAGGAUAUGGAUUUGCCCGUAGACAAAUGGAAGGAGCUGAUCUACAAGGAGGUCACCAACUUUAAGCCCCCACCAUCGUUUGCUCAGGUUCUAAAGGAUGUAAAGUGAACACAAACCAUUAUGAAUUUAAAGUAUUACAUAGGCCAAUUUAUUUGUUAUAACCUACAAGUUCCAACCACGUCUUUUGUACUCAAAUUUAUCAAUUCUUAGUGUUAACUUUUUAUUUUGUUUUUGUUUUGCCUUUUUGUUAUGGCAUGCCAAAAAUACUAUACUUUUUAACAAUAAAUUUGUUUUAUAAAACAUCAA